AUGGGUUCCCUUGUCCAGGCAAUUUUCUUCUUCAAUUCAUUCCUUCCGAAUACAUGGUUUGCGGCAGAACCGCAGAGUAAUUACGGUGAACAGAGCCUCAACGGGAAAACUUUUGACUACGUUAUUGUCGGAGGUGGUCUUACAGGGCUCGUCGUUGCUAACAGACUGAGCGAAGACAAAGAUCGCACUGUCCUCGUUUUAGAGAAUGGUGGUAUCAGCGAUGAUAUCUCGACACAAGUCCCGAGCUUUGCGAACAGCAUCAACUCGCGACUGAUGUAUGAUAUCACAUCUGCCCCAGAUGCUAAUACCGGUGGUAAGACAUACCCAGUCUACGUCGGUAAUGUUGUAGGAGGGGGAUCAGUGGUCAACGGUAUGGCUUUUGAUCGUGCAUCUGCUGCCGACUAUGAUGCAUGGGAGCAGUUGGGUAAUAUAGGGUGGAACUGGAACAGCCUUCUUACAUACUUCAAGAAGUCGACCACCUUCACACCACCAAGCCAAGCUCACGCACAAGAGUUCGGGAUCACGUACGAUGCAUCUUACUACGGCACCAACGGCCCAGUUCAUGCUUCCUUUCCCAAUUUUGAAUACGAUGACACCAAAAACAUUUGGGCUGCAUACAAGGCUGAAAAUAUCGCUCUGCCAAAAGAGCAUGCCGCAGGCCUUGCUGUCGGCGCCUUCUGGACACCUACUGCGCUACAACCCGACACCCAAACUCGGUCGUCGGCCAAGAACGCAUACUAUGAUCCCGCCAAGAGCCGCAGUAAUCUCGUUCUAGCUACUGGCAAGAAAGUCAACGAGGUUCUAUUUGACCAAGGAUUAUUUUCCAUGAUCAGCCCCAAAGCCACUGGUGUCCAGUACGUAUCGAAGGCCGAUGGCUCUGUCGGCAAGGUCUACGCGAAGCGCGAAGUCAUUCUUGCUGCUGGCUCAGUCUUUACACCUCAACUGCUCCAGCUGAGUGGCAUUGGCCCAAGAGAUGUUCUCCAGGCUGCAGGCAUCAAAGUCAAGCGCGACCUGAGCUCUGUUGGUGCGAACAUGCAGGACCAUCCCAAUGCAAAUGUCAUGUUCGAUCUCAAGAACCUCGCCAAGGUCAACAUUUUCAGUGGCCAAGAUCCAGCCUCCAACCAAAGUGCAUGGAACGAUUACAAAAGCAAGAAGAACGGCCCGCUUACACAAGCCCAUGGAAGCAGUCUCGCCUUCCUCAGCCUCAACUCUAUCACAGACAAAGCUUCGCAGAUUGUUCAAACAAUCAAGGCUCAGAACAUCCUCAGUGUUCUCCCCGGCAUCUACAGUAAGGACCAAAACCUGCUUCGUGGUAUACUCAAGCAACGCGAUAUCAUUGCAAACCUGCACGCCAGCCUCAAAUCAGCCGUUGGAGAAAUUCCCAUGACGCCUUUCGGCCUAGCCAUCAGUGCUCUCCAGCGCCCCUUGUCUCGAGGCUCCAUCAACAUCGACCCAAAGAACAAGUACGGCAACCCCAUCGUCCAGUUCAAUACCUUCUCAAACCCUGUUGACCGACAAAUCAUUGUCGAGAUGGUACGCUGGACACGCAGACAUUGGGCAAAGAAAGAGCUCGCCAUGUAUUCUCCGAUAGAGAUCUCGCCCGGUGCACAAUUCCAGACUGAUGACGAUAUCAUCGAUGCGCUCAUUCAGCAGAAUGGCCUCAGCGCGUCGUUUGCGCACAUGUCAGGCACGUGCUCAAUGAUGCCCGAGUUGUUGGGUGGCUGUGUUGGAAGCGACCUUAAAGUCUAUGGCACGCAGCAGCUCAGUGUAGUUGACGCGAGUAUCAUUCCUUUAGUCCCAGCAACGCAUCUACAAGCUACUAUGUAUGCUGUUGCAGAGAAGGCAGCAGACAUCAUCAAAGCGCGCAAUGCAGUUGGCGAUUUAUUUCCUACAUUUAGGUUCUGGCGGAGGUAA